GUGACAUUGAGGUGGAUAUUCAAGGUAUACAUUAAGUGUGUCUCUAUAUAUUGAGUGUGAAAUAAAAAUUGGGUGUGAUCUUAAGCAAUGGAGUUAAGAUUUUACAUUAUACUAUUUAUUGUGAUCUUAGCAUGGGGAUCCACCUACUUAAUGAAGUAUAUGUCGAUUGAUUUAGGAACUGACGACAUAGACGAUUGUGGUCGCGAGGGUACUAUCGAAGAAUUUCUAAGGAGUACUGCAACUGCAAAACCAACACCCAGAUUUUGCUACAACUAUGUAGACGACGACGGAUAUGUGAUUACACUGUGUAACGAGAAUAAAAAAGAAGCAGAAAAAAAGGACACAAAACCGUAUUCCAAUAAUACCUCUAAUAAUACCUCUGCAGACAAAAUCGAUGAUGAUGAUGAUGAUGAUAUUGAGGUAAGUGACGUCCUGAAUUCAACCAUGAAAGAAAAACUCAGAAGAUAUGAAGAAGAAAAGAUAUUUAAGGCUGCCAUGAAACAGCAUUACGACCAAAUUCGAGUCUACGUCAUAUCGUGGUAUGUGGUACUUACUUUCGCCGUUAUCUAUUUGGUUUCUGAACUUACCGUUUUCAUCGUGACGGUUAUUCUUACAGUCUAUGCUGUCUACGAAGCUUGGUUAGAGGAUAUGUUUAGACAUUAUUGAGAGUAUUGGUCGAGUAUAGUUACCAAUUCUCCCUAUCUAUUUUAUAUUUUUUAUACUGUUUCCUAUUUUUUGUGAAACUGAUAUGUUAGAUAAAAUGUAAUGUUUUUUUUAAUUAUUCUAUUUUUGUAACUAUAUAUCGCCGGUCCGGAAGAACAAUGAAGUAACUGCAAAUUUUGUCAAUUCCUAUUUAUUGCGUAAUAAACUUCUAAAAUACUGUGUACAGAUGAUACAAAAGCGACAGAACUGUAACUAUGUGCUGAGCCACUACAGGGUAGUUGCGUCGUUAUUGAAAUACGCACCAUUUUAGACCUUGUUUCAGAUGGAUAAUGACGCAACUGUAAAUAGCCAUCGCUGUAAGAAUAAACGGCAUACUAAAUAUUUAAAAAUAGUUUUUUUUGUACAGAAAAAUUUUAAGAUCAAGAAUGACUCAACUGUAGAUAGGGUUGAAAAUGGGGGGAUUAAAUUAAGGUAAUGAAAUUCAAACCAAUAAGGAAGAAACUAGAAGCCAUCGUUAUAAGAAUAAACGCCAUACCGAUGCUUCUGGACGGUUACUCUUUAUUUAAUCACAAUUUUAAUUAUUUAAAAAAUUUUAACUGAACAAUGACGCAACUGUAGAUAUGGUUGAAAAUGGGGGGAUUAAAUUAAGAUAAAUAAAUUGGAACCAAUAGUGAUAAAAGUAAAAGCCAUCAUUGUAAGAAUAAACGCCAUACCGAUUCUCCUGGACGAUUAGUCCUCAUUUAAUAUCUAUUUUAAAUAUUUAAAAAUUGUUUUUUGCUCUUCUGAGAAAUAUGAAUUUUUGCAGUUACGUCAUUCUCCUUCCGGACCGACGAUAUACUUUUAUAUUUUUAUACUUUUGUAUUUUUGUAAUAAAAAGUUUUGA